AUAAUCCACACACACGUGGGUGCUUGGACCAAGAUCCUCCGUUACGCCACCACGCUCCAUCGCCGUUACACUUGGCUCCCAUACAUCCCCUAUUAGCUACUGAUUCGCCAACGAAGCCACAAGCCCUAAUUGUACUCCACAGUCUAACACCAGCUCUCUCUCACAAACCCUUUAACAUAAUUAAUUAAAAAAGAAAAAGAAAAGCCCUAACAUUUCCCAGCCCAUUAAACCCAAUCUCAAAUCCCUAGCUUUAAAUUCCGCCAUGUCGGACGAGGAGAGAGAAGAGAAAGAGUUGGAUCUCACAGCUCCUGAGGUUGUCACCAAGUACAAGAGUGCUGCCGAGAUUGUCAACAGGGCAUUGCAGUUAGUGAUAUCGGAAUGCAAACCCAAAGCGAAGAUUGUGGAUAUAUGCGAGAAAGGCGAUGCCUUUAUCAGAGAGCAAACUGGGAACAUGUACAAGAAUGUUAAGAGGAAAAUUGAGAGGGGUGUUGCCUUUCCCACGUGUGUUUCUGUAAACAAUACGGUUUGCCACUUCUCGCCGCUAGCAAGUGACGAGGCUUUGUUGGAAGAAGGUGAUAUGAUAAAGAUUGAUAUGGGAUGUCACAUCGACGGUUUUAUUGCUAUAGUGGCACAUACUCAUGUUCUUCAAGAGGGGCCGGUGACGGGUAGGGCAGCAGAUGUUAUUGCAGCAGCCAAUACAGCUGCUGAAGUUGCUUUGAGACUUGUAAAGCCUGGAAGAAAGAACAAAGAUGUGACAGAUGCUAUUCAGAAAGUUGCUGCUGCCUAUGACUGCAAGAUUGUUGAAGGUGUUCUGAGUCACCAGCUGAAGCAGUUUGUGAUUGAUGGAAACAAGGUUGUACUGAGUGUGUCCAGUCCGGAAACAAGAGUUGAUGAUGCAGAAUUUGAGGAAAAUGAAGUCUAUGCCAUUGACAUAGUGACCAGCACAGGUGAUGGCAAGCCUAAGCUGUUGGAUGAGCGUCAAACAACUAUUUACAAGAGAGCUGUUGACAGAAAUUAUCACUUGAAGAUGAAAGCAUCGAGGUUCAUCUUCAGUGAAAUUAGUCAGAAAUUUCCCAUCAUGCCAUUUACGGCAAGGGCUUUAGAAGAGAAGAGAGCUCGACUGGGACUAGUGGAAUGUGUAAACCAUGAUCUGUUGCAGCCAUAUCCUGUUCUCCACGAGAAACCGGGGGAUUUAGUUGCGCAUAUUAAAUUCACAGUUCUACUAAUGCCAAAUGGGUCAGACAGGGUCACUUCUCAUCCUCUGCAGGAACUGCAGCCUGCAAAGUCUAUUGAUAAUGAUCCUGAAAUCAAGGCCUGGCUGGCUCUUGGCAUUAAAACAAAGAAGAAAGGUGGUGGGAAGAAGAAGAAAGCAUUUGCAGGUAAAAAGGGCGACAAAGUGGAGGAUUCAGCAGAAGCCGAGUCAAUGGAUGCCGAGAAUGGGGCUGUAACUCAAGAAUAAGAGUUUUUAGUCUUAGGCACUUAUCACUCCACUGUAUUGGCUAAUUGCAAUGGAAGUUUUGUGGAGAAACCUCUCUAAUAUAGUGUCUGAUUGGGGCUUCUGAUGUGUGAGGUGAUUUGGCUUAAUGCAUACAGAGAUCAUUUUGUUUAUCGACUACUUGGUCCCAAUGUUUCACUUGUUCAAACAAUAAAAAGCAAAUGGCUGCAUAAAAUAUCCCCCACGAUUAAAGCUUAA